AGGGCGGUCUCCUCAAGAAAAAAAAAAAGUGGCGACAAGGAAUUGAAGUUAACGUAGCAAUGAGCGACGAACCUGCACAGCAGAUCAUACCCAGGAUAUGGGUCGGACGAUAUGCAGCCAUAACGACUCCCGGUUUUUUGGAAAAGAACGACAUCAAAAAUGUGAUAUCGGUGUGUCCUUGUGAAGACACUUUGACAGGCUACAACCAGCUGGUUGUUUCCAUUCUCGAUGUGGCGGAAGAAAACAUUAUGAAGCAUUUUCCUGAAACCAAUCAGUUCAUCCAGUCUUCAAUCGACAAGGAGGAGAAUAUCCUUGUUCAUUGUGAAGCCGGCAUGUCUCGCAGUGUUACGAUAGUGACAGCAUAUUUAAUGUGGUCUAGAAAGAUCACCGCCAAGAAAGCUAUUUCAAUCAUCAAAGCAGAAUGGCCAAGUGCUAGCCCAAACAGUGGAUUUUUUAUGCAACUUGGAAUUUAUGAAGAAAUUGAUUAUACCGUCGAUCAACAGCGAACCGAGUAUAGACGAUUCCUUAUGGCAAAUAUGGCCGAAGAACGUGAAAUGCACGGUUAUGUUGCUGAAAUGACAUUAGCGGCCGAUCCAGAAAAUGCCGCUAAGCAGGGUAGAGCAUCUCUCAGAUGCAAAAAGUGUCGUCGAGUCCUAGUUGACAAGGAUAAUAUUAUCGAACACGAGCCAGGCAAAGGCCAGCAAGCAUUCUCGUACCACAAACGAGACUCGUCUCUUCAUAUUUCUGAGACUGCGUCCUCCGAUCACGGCGAAGUCAAUACAGUUGCACAAGUCAAUACUUCUCUCAACCCUCUUCUUGCAUCAUUGGCAACUUCGAAGAACAACUGUUCAUCGUAUUUCAUCGAGCCAAUGGAGUGGAUUAAUGGAUUAGACCAGUGGAACAUUGAAGGAAGGUUAGACUGCCCAAGAUGUCACACGAAAUUAGGUUCCUAUUGCUGGUCAGGCGCGCAAUGUUCAUGUGGAAGAUGGGUCACACCUGCGUUCACUCUUCAUCGAAAGCAAGUAGACGAAAUCAAAGCUGUCAAGUUACGUUAAGUCCUUAUCAUCUGUAUUAUUACAUAUGAUCAAAGCAUAGAUCAGAAAUCAUCAUCCUGUUGCUAUUUACUACAAUUGUAAUUCCACACCACCAUACACACACAUUUGCUUGAUCACCAAUAAAUUUUGCUUCGGUUUCAACUAAUUGAGCCUUUAAUAUCUGACAUUGAACAUCACACCAAGCAGUGUGAGGAAAGGGGGCCAAAAAAAUUAUAUCAUUACACCUCGAUUUGAAACUCCAGGUGAGAUGCCUGGAUUAUUGAGUCCCAUUGCUG